AUGGCUUCGGGGUCUGUUUCGAAGUGCGAGCGAGUCGUGGACGUGAAGGAUCUGGAGUUCCACGGAGUGAUGCGAUUCUACUUCCAAGACAAAGCUGCUGGGAACUUCGCCACCAAGUGCAUCCGGGUGUCCAGCACCGCCACCACCCAGGACGUGAUCGAGACACUGGCCGAGAAGUUCCGCCCGGACAUGCGGAUGCUGUCGUCCCCCAAGUACUCGCUCUACGAGGUGCACGUCAGCGGAGAAGAAAGAAGAUUGGACACAGACGAGAAGCCCUUAGUUGUGCAGCUGAACUGGAAUAAAGAUGAUCGGGAGGGCAGAUUUGUCCUCAAGAACGAGAACGACGCUGCUCCUGCCAAGAAGGUUCAGAGUAACGGGCCCGAGAAGCAGGAGCGAGAGGGUGUCAUCCAGAACUUCCGGAGGACCCUCUCGAAGAAGGAGAAGAAGGAGAAGAAGCAGCGAGAAAAGGAGGCCUCGAGACAGGCGUCCGGCAGGGACGAGCGGCCCUGCCCCGGGGAUGACCCACCUCAGGACGCCCCGGGGCCCGAGCUGGUCUUGCCCGCGAGCAUCGAGUUCCGGGAGAGCUCUGAAGAUGCGUUCCUGUCCGCCGUCAUCAACUACACCAACAGCUCCACGGUCCACUUCAAGCUGUCGCCCACGUACGUGCUGUACAUGGCCUGCCGGCACGUGCUGUCCGGCCAGUACCGGCCGGACGCCAGCCCCCCCGAGCGCACGCACAAGGUGGUCGCCAUCGUCAACAAGAUGGUGAGCAUGAUGGAAGGCGUCAUCCAGGAGCUAGACCAGGGUGACCAGAAACAGAAGAACAUCGCGGGGGCGCUGGCCUUCUGGAUGGCGAACGCGUCCGAGCUGCUCAACUUCAUCAAGCAGGACCGCGACCUGAGCCGCAUCACUCUGGACGCCCAGGACGUCCUGGCGCACCUGGUGCAGGUGGCCUUCAAGUAA